AUGGAGGAAGCAACCAGACAACAUUUUUUCAACCAUGGAAAAGAGGGCUUUGAGGAUGAGAAAAAUGACUGUCACUGGUGCCAGAUCCGCGCUUUCAAGACCCACCCCAAUAUCCCUAUCACCGUGGUGAAUGAAGUUGACGAUGAAGUUCUGCCCGAAAACUUCAGGUUUAUAGACAAGAUGGUCUAUGGCCAGGGCGUCGAGGCUGCUGAGGAUAGUUUCCGGAGCGGCUGUUCCUGCGGGGAUAACGGCGCCAAAUGCCAGUACAGCGCCUGCGAUUGUCUUGCUGAUCUCGAGGAGGACGAUGAGGACGUUAAGGCGUACGCUUACCACACCGGCGGCUCCAAGGCUGGCCUGCUUCGCUCAAGAGUGAUUGACUCGAGCCAGCCAUUAGGACGAACAGUCCCACUACAGAUUUUUCGGACAAUUAACCGUGGUUGGGGUGUCCGCUGUCUCGAAGAAAUUAAAGAAGGCCAAUUUGUUGACUGCUAUCUUGGAGAAGUCAUCACUUCCGCCGAAGCAGAUCGCCGCCGUGAACACUCUGCGAUCUCACAAAGAAAGGACGUUUAUUUGUUUGCACUGGACAAAUUCACGGAUCCCAACUCUCUGGAUCCCCGUCUCCAAGGUCCUCCACUAGAGGUGGAUGGGGAGUUCAUGUCUGGCCCUACCCGUUUCAUUAACCAUUCAUGUGACCCCAAUAUGCGAAUCUUUGCGCGAGUUGGUGACCAUGCGGACAAACACCUCCACGACCUGGCUUUAUUCGCAAUCCGCGACAUUCACAGGGGUGAAGAGCUCACUUUUGACUAUGUGGAUGGGGUUGCGGAGGACAACGAAGAAACUACACAGAACGUUGAUAGCAUGGCAAAGUGUCUAUGCGGAAGCAAGAACUGCCGGAAGUUUCUAUGGCAUGCCGCGCAAUCUGGGCACGACCUCACUUCCACCCGUGGAAACAAGAUCUGGUACAACUCCAGACUGGCCCUACGCACCCUACGAAACCGCAGCCGCGACUACCAACGGAUCUACCAACGGCAAAUCGCCGACGGCCGCCCAGACGUGACCUGGAUGGCAUGCGGCGUUUCCCACUGUGGGCAGUGCACCUUCUACGACAGGAUGAGCAUGUAUAAUCACAACUCUCGCCGGUUUACUGCCUGGCGCGAAGAGAUCUUCGUCGAGUUGAUGGUGGAAGUCCUCGCAAGAGGAAACAGGGCAAGAAGAAACAGUGCAAGAGGAAACAAUGCAAAAGGAAACAAUGCAAAAGGAAACGGUGCAGGAGGAAACGGUGCAAGAGGAAACGGUGCAGGAGGAAACGGUGCAGGAGGAAACAAUGCAAGAAAAAACGGCGCAAGAGGAAACGCCGUGAGCCUAGAUGAUAUCGACUCGUUUAUCCAAUCACCGCCGAUCCGGGGUGCCUUCUGGGAAUUCCACAAGACGUGUGGGGUAACAGUGCAGGAGGUCGAGCCGGCUGCCAUGCUGGCCAAGCUGACCGGCCUCAUGCCGGCGGUGGUGCGCCUAGUCCGGGCGCCCGUGAUUGGAGAGGUGAGACUGGACAGAGGCACCAGCGACGUCAAGGAGAAGAGGCAUGCUGUAGGAUGGUAUCUGGGGGAUUUGGCAAUCUUGAGGAGGGGUGGCAGAAGGUGGGACACAAGAGAUAAGAUUAAGAAGGAAGAGCGCGAGACGCUGGAUGUGCACCUGUGCUUCUCGCACUACCUGGCUGGGAGGCCCCAGACGUGGAAGCUGGAGGACUAUCUGUUGCAGUUUUGCGUCGUCGCCGAGUCCUGGCGGCGGUAUGGGUUGCAGAGAGGGUGUAGAUGGGGGUUUGGUGGCGCUGAGAAGGCCGCCGAUCUGAUGUGCGCGGUGCUUCUCAACUGGUGGAUCAUGACGGGGUACGACUGCUUUGAGAAGAGAAGGCAUAACCGGCUGUCAAUCAAUCUGCUCUGGGAGGAGUGGAUGGAACGCUACCCUCGCUUCCUGCAAGGUGAUGAGAUGGAAGAGCAGGGUGGCAGCUCGGAGAAGGUGUUGCAAGGAGUUGGCCGGGCCGUGAUGCUGGGCGUUUCGGCAAAGUGUUGA